GACUGCCCGGCUGGACAAUAUUGGGAUGUAGAUGACUGUAAUAAAUGUCCUGUCGACACGUAUAGGGCAAAAACUGAUCCACUCGUGAAAUGUAUUAAAUGCCCUGGGAAUACGACUACAAGCGGGAUGACGGGUCAAAAAGGACUCAGCGCUUGUCAUGAUAUCUGCGAUGCUGGGGAGUAUUACGACGAACAGCUAAAAAGAUGCCAGUCUUGCCCUAUGGGCACCUAUCAAGAACAUCGUGGAAGUACAGAAUGUGUACCAUGCUCAUUGGACAGUACUACGACAAUUACGGGAGCCAAAAAUGCUUCUGACUGCUCCUUCAAAUGUGGUUCUGGCCAAGAGCUUACCGCUGAAGGUUUUUGUACUCCUUGUGUAAAAGGAACAUAUUGGAUCAAAACAGACAAAUUUGUUGGCUGUGUUGAAUGUCCUCGAGGUUUGACGACUAUAGAAAGAGCAGCAACGGGUAUACGUGAUUGUGAAGUUUUGAAUUGUCCACCUGGGACCCAUGUGAAUCUACAACGAACCAAACCAAUCGAUCCAUCCAGUACUCCAUUCAGUUCUCUCUGUAUAACCUGUGAAAUGGGAACAUAUCAAGACGAACACAAUCAAACCGCUUGCAAACCAUGCACCCCGGAAUCAAAUUGUGAUCUAACGAAUGGAUGUUCACCGCUUUUGCCGGAUUCUUGUCCAAAGGAUGAGGAGUGCGAAAUGGUUGAUGGCGGGGUAUACGCAUGCUCAGCUGUUACUGUCAGUUUCCACUAUUUUUUUCGAUUCCUCUACAUGAAAGCUGAUGAAAAAGAAUGCAUUAAAUAA